CGCGUGGAGGCGGGGAGAAGAGCUGGGCGGCGGUCUCCAGCGGGCUGCAGACGGCGGGGAAAGCGAGGCCAGCCGCCGGGCGGUGGGGCACGGGGCUCCUCUCCUUCCGGGAGCCCCGCAGCUGGCCGCCUGAGCUGAGCGUCUCGGUGGCCGCCUUUGCCUUUCGAGACGGGAUUUGUUCCGAAGAGUGCCUGGUGCAGGACUCGUAGACGUGGUCGCCGUGCCGGGUUUACGAUAGCCUGAGACAGGGUUUACCAAACUGGCCUUAAAUUUUUAUAUAUAUAUAUAUAGUCCAGUUGAUUAUGGAAGAGUCCCACAAGAGUAACAGAUCCGAGCCUGCAUCUCAGCCUGGUCCAGCAGUUCCUGGAACUCACCUUUCUCAGAUAGUGCAUCAGGUGUCAUCGUUAUCAGAAAGUGAGGAGUCUCAGGACUCAUCUGACAGCAUAGGCUCCUCCCAGAAGGCUCACGGGAUCCUGGCCCGGCGCCCAUCGUACAGGAAAAUUUUGAAAGACCUGUCUUCUGAAGAUACACGGGGCAGAAAAGGAGACGGAGAGAAUCCCAGCAUUUCUGCCGUCACGUCUAUGUCUGUUCCAACCCCCAUCUAUCAGACGAGCAGCGGACAGUACAUUGCCAUUGCCCCAAACGGAGCCUUACAGUUGGCCAGUCCAGGCACGGAUGGAGUGCAGGCACUGCAGACAUUAGCCAUGACAAAUUCAAGCAGCACUCAGCAAGGGGCGAUCCUGCAGUAUGCACAGACCUCUGAUGGACAGCAGAUCCUCGUCCCGAGCAGCCAGGUGGUUGUCCAGACUGCAUCAGGAGAUAUGCAGACCUACCAGAUCCGCACCACGCCGUCUGCCACAUCACUGCCACAGACUGUCGUCAUGACUUCUCCUGUGACUCUUACACCUCAGACAACAAAGACAGAUGACCCCCAACUAAAGAGAGAGAUACGUCUGAUGAAAAACAGAGAAGCUGCCCGAGAGUGCCGCCGAAAGAAGAAGGAGUAUGUGAAGUGCCUGGAGAACCGCGUUGCCGUUCUGGAAAAUCAAAAUAAAACUCUAAUAGAAGAGCUAAAGACUUUGAAGGACCUUUAUUCUCAUAAAAGUGUUUGAUUCUUUAAAGAGAAAGUAUUUUUGAGGACUUUUAAGCUUAAAAAUUAGGUGGAUUUCUUUUUAGUGGAGUUCUAUAAAUUCAAAAGUCAAAGAAGCUAGUUUGUAUUAGGUUUUCACAAACAGACAUGAUGGAGGGUGAAUGGAGAUGACCUUCAGGAAGCUGCUGGCUCAAUUGGAAACUCGGGAAUGGACUUUCAGCAGUUCAAGUUGAAAUAAUAGCAACAAAAAUGGCAGGUGACUUCAGUGAAGCAGUCAAUUCCUGCUAAGUCUAUUUCUCUCUGUUCCUUAAAACUUGCCUUUGCGUGUGUGUGUGUGUGUGUGUGUGUGUGUGUGUGUGUGUGUGUUAUUUCUGCCAAUAAAUUUAAAUUACAAAUGUAAAAGAAAGCAUAAGCGUUAUUAAGUUUGUAAAUUAUGUGGUCUGAUUGUGUCGUAUUGUCAGGUAUGUUAAAUGAGUUUUUAGCUGUUAGUUUUGUUGGACUCAUUGGUUUGGAGAUCUCCUUACAGCAUGGAGGUGCAUCAUCCUAUGGUGGUGGUGACUUCUUUUACCAGAAUGGAAAGAGAACUGUCUGCAAAGUUUGACAGUUUAAUAGUAUGGUUUUUGCUUCCUCUGAUAAGGGCAAUUUUUCCUGAGUACAUAAUAGAUUUGGUUUGUUUGUUUUGAUUCUCUAACCCUGUAUGCAGUUGAAGAUCAUUAUUCUUUUGUGCUUUAGCAGAAUGAAGUGUUUACAAAAGCCCUUAAAAUGUUUUAAAUAACCUGAAGAUGCACACCAAAGCUUUCCUGAGGGAUUUUAUAAUCAUCUUACUGUAAGGUUUUUCAGGUUCUAAAAUAGUUACUGAGGCAAUCUUACAGUGAGACUGUUGUGUACCAUUAUAAAAGUGACUGCCGAUAUAUUUUUAUAGUGAAUCUUUAUAAAUUCUAAUGUUGAGUUUUUAAUGAUUAUUUUAAAUGUUUAUAUAGUUUGUUUAGUAAAAGAAUUUGUAUCUCAAAGUAUCAUUUUUAUAUUAUGAGACGAGUAAAGUUUUCAAUUGGCUGAUAAUUGAAUUAUAUGUUUUAUAUAAAGUUUUAUCUACAGUUGCAGCUGUGGUCAGUACACCAGCAUUUGACUUCUGUAUUCUAAUCUGUGUACACUUGGAAACUGUAAAAAUGGUGUGUAUCCGGUACAUAGUAUUUUUCAUAUUGUCUGAAAUUAAAGAACAUUUGAUAAGA